UCCACAUCGCAUCCCAACUUCCUCCGCCGCCGCCAGCACUCCCAACCCACCGGCGAGCCUCCACCUACCCACCUCCAGUAGCAGCGAUGGCCCCCAAGGCUGAGAAGAAGCCGGCGGCGAAGAAGCCCGUGGAGGAGGAGCCGGCGGCGGAGAAGGCCGAGAAGGCGCCUGCCGCGAAGAAGCCCAAGGCCGGGAAGAGCCUCCCGGCGGGGAAGACCGCCGCCAAGGAGGGCGGCGAGAAGAGGGGCCGCAAGAAGGGCAAGAAGAGCGUCGAGACCUACAAGAUCUACAUCUUCAAGGUGCUCAAGCAGGUCCACCCCGACAUCGGCAUCUCCUCCAAGGCCAUGUCCAUCAUGAACUCCUUCAUCAACGACAUCUUUGAGAAGUUGGCCGGCGAGGCCGCCAAGCUCGCCCGCUACAACAAGAAGCCCACCAUCACCUCCCGGGAGAUCCAGACCUCCGUCCGCCUCGUCCUCCCCGGCGAGCUCGCCAAGCACGCCGUCUCUGAGGGCACCAAGGCCGUAACCAAGUUCACCUCCUCUUAGAUCUCGUUGCUUGUAUCUAGUUGGCUGCUGUGACUCCUGGUAGUUCUUGUCUCUGGUUAUCUGCAACAAGUAGUAGUUUGACUAAUGAUGGGUUCGUGUUCCUGAAAUUGCCAAUGUUUCGUUGGCUAAUGGUUUCAAGAAAUCAAUUAUGUAUGGUGAUGCUUUUCUGGUCUGUGAA